CAACAACAACACCAACAGCAACAACAACAACAACAACAACAACAACAACAACAACAACAACAACAACAACAACAACAACAACAUCGGCACCAGCAGCAACAGCAACAGCAUCAACAACAGCAACAGCAACAACAGCAGCAGCAGCAACAACAACAACAACAACAACAACAACAACAACAACAACAACAACAACAACAACAACAACAACAACAACAACAACAACAACAACAACAACAACAACAACAACAACAACAACAACAACAACAACAACAACAACAACAACAACAACAACAACAGCAACAACAACAACAACAACAACAACAACAACAACAACAACAACAACAACAACAACAACAACAGCAACAACAACAACAACAGCAACAACAACAACAACAACAACAACAACAACAACAACAACAACAACAACAACAACAACAACAACAGCAACAGCAAUACAGCAGCAGCAACAACAACAACAGCAACAACAGCAACAAGAGCAGCAACAACAACAACAGCAAUAACAGCAGUUGCAGCAACAGCAGCAACAGCAACAACAGCAACAAAAACAGCAACAACAACAACAGCAACAGCAACAGCAACAGCAAAGCAGCAGCAACGACA